AGAGGCUUCAAAUAAUCAGACGGCCCGACGGAGCAGCAUUCAGCGACUCGUCUUCACACGGAGGAAGAAGCUCAGACACAAAGAUGCAGCGACUCGGUUUACUCUUCUGUUUUAUUAUCGGUGUUGCUUCACAAUCGGGCACCUCACAGGUCGACCCGAGAGGAGCUCGUCCGGUGGAGCACGGCACCAGAAGUGAGAAAUGUGCCAGUGAGAAGGAGUGGCCUUUCUGCACAACUGACGAAUGGGGCCCUAAAUGUCCGUCGGGCUGCAGGAUCGAGGGUCUGAUGAACAAAUACGACCACGGCCUGCUGAAGAGGAUCGAGAAGAUCCGAAGCCUCCUGGAUGAGAACACGGUCAAGCAACGCUCCACCGACUCGGCUACCAAACAGACCUACGACUACCUGAAGGAUAAACUCACCACCGAUGCUGGUCACGACACCAACUACUACGACUUGGCCCAGAGUCUGCGACAGAGGAUCACAGACAUGAAGAUCAAGAUCGACCGCCAGCUGAGGAUCCUGGCCACCCUGAAGGAUCGAGUCAAAGACCAGGUGGUGGAGAUGCAGAGGCUGGAGGUUGAUAUUGAUAUUAAGCUCCGUUCCUGCAAAGGAUCCUGCCGAAGCUACACCGAGUUCCAGGUGGACCGCGAGGACUACGUGGUGCUGGACAAACAGAUUAAGCAGCUGGACUCCCAGUCGGCUCAGAGCAUCGAUUCUGUGAAGACGCUGUACGUGAUGAAGAGCCGGCCGCUGCAGGACCAGCUCGUGGACAGCAUCUACAAGUCUAAGGACACAACCGGGGCCGUGGCAGCACAGCGGAGAGAAGAUGUGUUCACUGACGUGCCUAUGGUUCAGUUGCUCCUUGGGGAGGAAGGCUCCAGUUCAUCCCCUGCAACCAUCUCCAAGGACCAAGGUACUUCCCACUCUUCACCUACAUUCUCAUCAUCGUCAUCAUUCUCCUCAUCCUCGACCUCAUCUUCGUCCUCCUCCACGCCAUCUAAAUCCAUCACUGAGCUCGGAGGCAGCAGCCAUUUGUUCGGUACAGACGGUGGGGUUCAAGGCCUCGGCGGCUCCGCUACUACCCACAUGUCCACACAAACCAUCAGCUGCACCAAGAGCACCAGGAGGACCGUCGUCCACACCAAGGAUGGGCCGGUGGAGAAAGUGGAGGAGGUGUAUGAGGGAGGCCCUGGGUGCCAGGCCCUGGGAGACAGCUCAAAGGGAGGGAUGGGCGCCUUCUUUCCCACCCUAACCCACACUGGUGGCGCCAAGGGAAGCAUCUUAGGAAACACCAAAACUGGGUUUGGGGACCCUUUUGCCGCUGAAGGGCUUGACCUCGGCGGGUUUUUGACGGACAAUGGAGAAGAUGACGUUCCAGAUUUCCACGCCCGCAGUGUGAAGAGCGGUCGUGUUGAGCGGCAGGCCGAUUAUAUAGGAAAAGAUUGUGUCGAAGCCUACCAGAACCACCUGAAAGGGGAAACAAACGGCCUGUUUAACAUCAGACCCGGUGGCACCGACUCCACAGAGGUAGUGGAGGUUUACUGCCAGCAGGAGGGGCUUAUGGGUGGGUGGUUGUUAGUCCAGCAAAGAGAGAGCGGCGCACUUAGCUUUAACCGCACCUGGGCUGAAUACCGCGCUGGGUUUGGCUCAGUUGACGCGAAGGGUAAGGGGGAGCUCUGGCUAGGCAACCAGAAUCUCCACCUGUUGACAAAUCAGGGUGAGACCAUGCUAAAGGUGGAGCUGGAGGAUUGGGAAGGGGGUGUAGCUAGUGCGGACUACAUAAUCAGGGUUGGCUCAGAGGAGGAGGGGUACCCACUGCAUGUGUCGGGGUACACUGGGGAUGCUGGUGAUGCUCUGGUGAUGCCCAACUCUGAUAUGGCAUCUUACCUGUCACACAAUGGGAUGAAAUUCAGCACUUUUGACAAAGACAAUGACAAGUGGGAGGAGAAUUGCGCAGAGAUGUACGGGGGUGGGUGGUGGUAUAACAACUGCCAGUCCGCUAACUUGAAUGGGAUGUAUUAUAAAGGCACGUACGACCCGGAGAAAAACAAACCAUAUGAGAUUGAAAACGGAGUUGUUUGGGUGACAUAUAAAACGGCUAAUUACAGCCUGAAAACUGUCAGGAUGUUUAUCCGUUCAUCUUCUUUUUAAUAGGAAAGAAAUUGUCAAUUUAUACUCUUAGACACAAAAUUAAUUUAAACUCCAAGAAAAUGUGGUUACAAAACAGGCAACAGGAGCAAAAACAGGACGUGUUAAAGGCCAAAAAUCAAUUCAGACUGUUGAUCUGUUCGUAAAUCAUUCUGAGAUUUCAAAAUCAUGUCAAACAGUGUCAGUUUGUCCCUGUGGGUGUUUGUGUUGAUUCUUGCUUAUGUAAACAUCACUGACCUCUUCGUUGGGAUUAUCUGAUCAGUGUUCUUGGAACGACCUGAUGUUUCAAAAGUGUUCAACUCUGUGUGGAGAAAUGAUUGACCUCUGCUCAAUGAAUAAAGAUUGAAUGUUCACUUCA